UCUUAAGUUGUUGAACUCUGACGAGAUUUACUUUGUAACUAAGCAGCUAAAGAUUACAGGUCAAUAGCCGAACCCAAAUAAACGUAAUUUCCUGAUUUAAUACGUAUUAUAUCGUCUUUAUUGUUCGUGUAAACAUAUCCUACAGUUUUAAAUAUUUGUUGUCUGUGAAAAUCUAAUCUAUUUAAAAACCUUAAGAAGCUUUCUGAGAAAAAUUUACAAGAAACAUCAUGGCAGAUCAGGAAACGGUUGUCUUUAAGCGAAUAAAUUGGAGCCUUCCGAAUGUUACAAAACACUUAAUUGAAAAUGGCAAAGUCGGAAGCGCAAUCACAUCAAAUGAAUUUAACAUUGAUAUAAAUGGAAAAUCGACAUUUUGGUAUUUUCUUCUGUACCUUAAUGGGGAAGAUAACAGCACAAAUUUGUUCUUAUGUUUAUCUAAACCAUCUGAAAUGAUAUUUGACAUCAAAUUCAAAUUGGGUAUCUCAAGUUCCCACGUGGAAAAGGAUUUAAUGGGUCCACUAUUAACAAUGACAAGCGAAGAAAUGAAAAACAUUUCAGGAUAUGGUCUCGAUAAGUUAAUCGCACACAAAGUUUUGUUUGAAAAAUAUUUUUCCCCAUUUGAUUAUGAAAAGGAAAUUAACGCAAGAAUCGCCAUCGUUUGUGAGAUUUCAUUGGUCUGCAAAAAACAGUUAGAACAUGGAAAGAGACUUGAGAAUGGAGGAAACAUUGAACAAGACAUAGAGUCAAAUGAUAUAAAUAAUUGCUACGAAAAAAUGUUUGAAAACAAACUUUUUACUGACUUCGAGAUUAAAUGCAACGAUGAAAAAUCUUUAUACGUUCAUCGAGUGAUCCUAGCUGCAAAAUCUCCCGUUUUUAUGGCAAUGAUGACAAAUGACAUGGAGGAAGCUGCUGAAAACUGUGUGACUUUACAUGAUGUCGAUUCUGUCACCAUGAAAGAACUUUUGAGAUAUAUUUACUGUGAAACUGUCGAAAGCAUUGAUGCAUUGGCUCCAAAACUGAUCUACGAAGCUGAGAAAUAUCAUCUUGACAACUUAAAACUGAUGUGCAAGAAUUCACUCAUUUCAAACCUUUCGAUCGACAACGUUUUGGACAAUUUAAUAAUCGCAAGCAGACUAAGCUGUGUCAAAGAUCUGAAAUUCCAAUUCUCUUCAUCUUUGGAAUUAUCGGAGAAACUUCCACCUGAUGUGUGCAAUAAAUAUUGUCACGAACUGAUGCAACGUUUGAACACUAUUCACAUUUAGAUAUCACUCAAUUUUUUAAAUUUCUUUUUAUUCCAAUAUAUUUCUUAAAUUUAAACUUACCAUGCUCGAGGUAAUAAUUAAAUCGUUAUUAAUGCAUCAGUAGUUAGCAAUAAUCGUAUCAUCGUUGAUCAUUUUAUCAAAUAUUAGAAAGAAAAAUGUUUUGUUUUCAUCAACACAAUAAAUAAUAAAUUUCUUGUUUGAAAUGAAUAUAUUAAC